AUGGCCCCCAUCGGACUCAAGGCUGUGGUGGGAGAGAAGAUUAUGCACGAUGUGAUCCGGAAAGUGAAGAAGAAGGGGGAGUGGAAGGUGCUGGUGGUGGACCAGCUGAGCAUGCGCAUGCUCUCGUCCUGCUGCAAGAUGACCGACAUCAUGACAGAGGGCAUAACCAUUGUGGAAGACAUCAACAAGCGCCGGGAGCCUCUGCCCAGCCUGGAGGCCGUGUAUCUCAUCACCCCCUCCGAGAAGUCCAUCCACUCCCUCAUCAACGACUUCAAGGAUCCCCCCACCUCCAAGUACAGAGCUGCCCACGUCUUCUUCACUGACUCUUGUCCUGACGCCCUCUUCAACGAGCUGGUGAAAUCCCGGGCUGCCAAAGUCAUCAAGACCCUGACAGAGAUCAACAUUGCCUUCCUCCCUUCUGAGUCCCAGGUUUAUUCUCUGGAUUCAGCUGACUCCUUCCAAAGCUUUUACAGCCCACACAAGGCCCAGAUGAAGAACCCAAUCCUGGAGCGCCUGGCAGAGCAGAUUGCCACGCUCUGUGCCACCCUGAAGGAGUACCCAGCCGUGCGGUACCGCGGGGAUUACAAGGACAAUGCCAUGCUGGCACAGCUCAUCCAGGACAAGCUGGACGCCUACAAGGCUGAUGACCCCACCAUGGGCGAGGGUCCGGACAAGGCUCGCUCCCAGCUCCUCAUCCUGGACCGUGGCUUCGACCCCGCGUCCCCAGUGCUGCACGAGCUGACCUUCCAGGCCAUGAGCUACGACCUGCUGCCCAUCGAGAACGAUGUCUACAAGUAUGAGACCAGUGGCAUUGGUGAGGCCCGGAUCAAGGAGGUUCUCCUGGAUGAGGAUGAUGACCUGUGGGUCACCCUGCGCCACAAGCACAUCGCUGAGGUGUCCCAGGAGGUGACCCGGUCCCUGAAGGAGUUUUCUUCCAGCAAGAGGAUGAACACGGGUGACAAGACCACCAUGAGGGACCUGUCCCAGAUGCUGAAGAAGAUGCCACAGUACCAGAAAGAGCUCAGCAAGUACUCGACCCACCUGCACCUGGCUGAGGACUGCAUGAAGCACUACCAGGGCACUGUGGACAAGCUCUGCCGAGUUGAACAGGACCUGGCCAUGGGCACCGAUGCCGAAGGAGAGAAGAUCAAGGACCCCAUGAGGGCCAUUGUCCCCAUCCUGCUGGAUGGCAAUGUCAGCACCUAUGACAAGAUCCGCAUCAUCUUGCUCUACAUCUUCCUGAAGAACGGAAUCACUGAGGAGAACCUGAACAAGCUGAUCCAGCACGCUCAGAUCCCGGCAGAGGACAGCGAGAUCAUCACCAACAUGGCCCACCUCGGGGUGCCCAUCAUCACAGACUCCACGCUGCGCCGCCGGAGCAAGCCCGAGCGCAAGGAGCGCAUCAGUGAGCAGACGUACCAGCUGUCCCGGUGGACCCCGGUGAUCAAGGACAUCAUGGAGGAUGCCAUCGAUGACAAGUUGGACACCAAGCACUACCCGUACAUCUCCACCCGUUUGCCCCUCCUUCACCCUCCUCUUCCUCUCCUCAGUGCUCGCUACGGCCACUGGCACAAGAACAAGGCCCCCGGCGAGUACAGGAGCGGCCCCCGCCUCAUCAUCUUCAUCCUGGGCGGGGUGAGCAUGAACGAGAUGCGCUGCGCCUACGAGGUGACACAAGCCAGCGGCAAGUGGGAGGUGCUAAUAGGGUCCACGCACAUCCUCACCCCACAGAAACUGCUGGACACGCUGAAGAAACUCAAUAAAACAGAGGAAGAGAGCAGCAGUUAAAAGGAAACGCUGUCACCACUCGAUGCCGACCCAUGUCCCCGCCGGGUGCCCGGCCCCAGGUGCCACCCUGCACCCAGUGGGCCCAGCUUCUCUCUUGUUCUUGUGUUGAACCCCCCCUCUCCCCUCCCAGCGCCUCCCCCAUCUCAUUUUAUCCACAGGGAGGGGAUAACAGCCAAAAAAAAAAAUAAUAUAUAUAUCUAUAUUAAGAAAAUGGAUGCAUUGUGUUUAAAAGAAAAAGGAAAAAAUAAUCUAUAUAUUUGUAGCUGCAGCUAUGGGAAGCACCCAGGAGCUCAUUGCUGAGUAACCAUCUGCCCAUUGCUAGUGAAUAUGGUGGGGAAAAUAACAGAAAAACACUUUUUUUGGGGAAUGCUCCUCACUGGGGUCUUGUAUGUAUGUGAGGACAGAUGGAGGGACACCCCAUACUGCUCCAGCUACUGCUCAGGUGGGUGCUGGGUGGGCACCACCAUCUGUCCCAUGGCUAUUGGGGUGGUGGGUGCUCCUGCCAGAUGUGCACCCCAACAUCUGGAUGGGAAUUUGGGAUGGGGGGUGGUGUGGGGGGUGCAGCCAGGACGCUUCACACCAUAGUAAUUCCCACGUGAAAAGGGACCAAACUGGUCACAACUGGGAGCUGGGGCCCAUCCACUUGCACGGCCUUGCUGCAGCCCCGCCUCUCUCUCUGGGAAUUCCUUCAAAAGAGAAAUAUAUAUAUACAUAUAUAUAUAUAUAUAAUAAAAAGCUAUUUUAUAUAUAUAUAUAUAUGUAUCUGUGCUCUCUCUCCAUGGAUACCUCUCCAUCCAUCCCCACGGAAGCUCGGUGCCCAUGCCCAGCUCCACUCGUGUCGUCCCGUGGUGAAGCGUUUCUGAGCGUGCCGUUACCCUGAGCCCCCCCAAAAAACCCUCUGGGCCCUCCCCAAAAACCCUCUGGGGCCCCCCAAACCCUCUGGACUCUCUGUAUAUUAAUGACUGUGUCUUGUGACGUUCUUACGAGCUUGGUGUAUAGUGAUUUUCCCAAACCUCUGAUUUUAGUUGGGUUUUUAUUUGACACCUCUGGAUUGCCCCCUUUCCCUUGCCAUUAGAUGCACUGCAAUAUUUUGGGGUCUAUGGUUUUGUUCUCUUACCCCUGAAGGCUGUGACCCCCCCCUUUUCCUUCCCUAAAAUUGCUCUUUCUUGCCUCGUUGGUGGUUAGCCCCCCCUUUUUCCCUUCCCUUCCCAUCUGCUCCUUGCCCAUAAAGUUAAAUAUAUAUUUUUAGGGCAAAGGCUGUAUCAUUGCACUGAUAUUUGUUGGUUCCCCCUUGGUCUCCCAGCCUGUUUCUGUUUCUCCUUGGUUUAGCAAUGCAAAUGCUUCAGGAUCUUGUAUGUUGGACAUUAUUAUUAUUAUUAUUUUUUCUGUUACAGUUAUUUAUAUAAAAAAUAAUUUAUCAAAAAGGAAAACUUUAAAAAAAAUAAUCUAGUCUGUCUUGGAACUUGUUUACCUUGAAAUUACUGGAAUCUAAAUGUUUGAAAGUGUUGAAGCACAAACAUGUAUCAUCUCUGUAUAUCUGUUCUUCUGUACUAAAGCACUCGAGUGACUAAAUAAAAGCGAUCUCCAUCCCUAGUGCAACUGGGGCUGUGCUGUGCUGCUCCCUCAGGGCCAGGAAAACAGGGAAAAGGCAUGGGAAAAUAUUCCAUCCAACCCCGAGGGAAGGCUCCUGGUGUGGUCAUGCCAAACCUCUCCCAGGAGUGGCUUUGGGAAGGAAAAUCAGCACGAGUUGUCCAACCAUGUUUAUUUCCUUCAAAAAUAGGUGAUUUCUUCGUACAAAAUACCACCCUAGUGGCUCUGCUAGGUGAUAAAAAAUAGGGGAUAAGGAAAAAACCCAUCAUUUGGUCCUGGCUACUGCAUUUGGGAUAAUUAACCACACUUUCCACAUGUUCCCACCAUGCCCUGGCUGGGCUGGGGAGGUCACAGCUUCCAGCUUGGGGCAUGAGCAUGAGCAGAAGCAAUCAGAGACACAUAAAUCUCUUUAAAAUCCCCCAAACUUCUUUAACAUCUCCCAAACCCAGCUCUCUCACCCAAAAAAAGUAGAGGAGGGGACAGCCCCAUUCCCAGCCCCUCUGGGCCUGUGUCAGCAUCAGGCUUGGGGAGCUUGGAAGGCUCCAGACCCGAGUCACUCCCGUUCAAAUGUGGAUAUUUGUACAACAAAUAAAAGCAAAAAUAAAUACAUUUGACACUGGCACUUCAGGUAGAUCCUACAGACAAACACAGGCUGAGGUGCUGGGGUGGAGCAGAGGGUUUGGCUGGAACCAUCCCAGGAAAAGCUGCCCCAAGCACAUGCUUGUCCCUUCAAAAUAGGCAUGAACUCCUUAGGAACCCAGCUGGGAGGAACAGGGGCUCCACAGACCCCACACCUGCUUUGGUCUCAGCAGAUGACUUCUCCUCUACCAGCCCAGGUUCCCUGAGCAUCCCAGGGGAAAAGCUCAAAUCCUUCAUUUCAUUUUCUGCCUGGAUGAUGCUGUGGGUGGCCACAUCCAGGGAUGACCAGAAAAACCCCACAAACACCCUAAAGGUUGUGCUGGAAAUGCAAUCCAGAAUAUUUAUAUAUAUAUAUAUGUAUCUGUAGCAAGAUAUAUCUAUAGAAUCAGAUACAGAUCUGUACAUGCACAGAUCUAUUCAUAUCUGUCUCUCUAGAUAUAGGCAUAUAACUAAAUAUAGAUAUGCCUAUAUCUAGAUAUAUCCAUUUAUAGAUACACAUAUAUCAGACACACACAUUAUAGAUCAUCAAUCAACACUCAGAAGAGUGAUUCAGCUGCUUACUAGCUAAACAAAGAACCACAUAAAACAACAAUAACAAAAAAGUUUCCCCAGGGAGGAUCCUGCUGGGUUCAAGUCCAAGGGCAGAGGGCACAGGGCACAGCCCCCUGAGGAGGCCGAAAGGCUGGGAAAGGGGUGGAAUAGGAACCCCAGGGAAUCCCAGGGAAGCCCGGGUAUUUCUGUGUACCCACACAGGCACAGAGGUAAACACAGCUGCCAAGGGGGCUCGACCACCACCAGGUCAGAGCAUCCCCAGAAGUGCUCAGGGUGGGGUGACACUGCCCUGGGGGACACAGGGCCACCCCUCAGGAGUGCUGGAGAGCAGGAAGGGGGUGGGCGCCAGGGCAGGACCCCCGGCAGACACCUCCAGCCCUGCUGCCCCUGGAUUUGGCAGGGAGCACCCAGUGCAGGGACACUGAGGGGCUCAUCCUCCUCCUCCUGCUGCUCCUGGUGGCAGGGAGGGUCUGGAGAUGCCAGAGGCAGGGUUUGGGGGUGCCAGCAGGAGGGGUUGGGGGUGCCAGCAGGAGGGGUUUGGGGUGCCGGCAGGAGGGGUUGGGGUGCCAGCAGGAGGGG